AGGAAGGAACCGGAAGGAACACAGGUCAUCUGUCGGACGACAUUUUGUUAGCCUCUUAGCAAAAUAAACCGUCUAGGGGAGUCUCUCUCUCUCACCCUCAGUCGCCUGACAGUGAAACUCUGUCAUCAUGUGGUAUGAAAUUCUGCCCGGCUUCGCCAUCAUGACCGUGUGUCUGAUGAUUCCCGGCAUCGCCACCGCACAGAUCCACAAGUUCACCAACGGAGGCAAGGAGAAGAGAGUCGCUCGGGUUCCGUGGCACUGGUAUCUGAUGCAGAGAGACAAGCGAGUGUCGGGAACAGGGGAGUACUACGACUCCAAGGGACUCGAGAACAUCCACUGAUGACCAGGAAUAUGAAGACCCCGAGGAGAAGAUGUUUGUUGUAGAUUAAAGGAUUAUAUUUAACAUUCAGCUGUGUGUUCUUUUGGUCUUCUGUUUAUCAAUUAAAUUGUUCCAUAGUGGAAAUCA